GGUUGCAAAUGAAGAGGAAACACACCAACCAUUCCCCUGGAGAAACAUUUGCAGACAUGUUAGCUGCCUUCUGAAUGCACUUCUUAUUCUUGCUACGAUUUUUGAGAUGCUUUUCAUUCUUGCUAUGUUGCUCAGACUGCUCUCCAACUCACGGGUUGAAGUGAUUCUCCUGCUCUGGCUUCCAAAACCAGUGGACCACAGUUUGUAUCACAGAAUCAGCAAGAAUAAUGUUCUUAAAAGCACAGCACAGCUGGGCUGGAGAGAUGGCUCAGCAGUUAAGAGCUGGCUGCUCUUGCAGAGGACACCAGUUCAAUUCCUAGGACCCACCAUGUCGACUCAAAACUGUAACUCCAGUUCCAGGGGAUCUGAUGCCCUCUUCUGGCCUCCUCAGGAGCUGCAUGCACAUGAUACAUAAACAUAUAUGCAGGCAAACACCAGUACACACAAAACUUUUUUUAAAAAGCACAAAACAAUUUUUUAGGAUUACACCUUUAAUCCCAGUACUUGGGAGGUUCUAGCCUCUGAGGUCACCAGGCAUGCAAAUGGUACACAGAUAUAAAUUCAGGCAAACACUCAGACACACAUUUUUUUUUUUUAAAUUUUAAUCUCAAAAAAUAGCCAGGCAAUUGGGGUUGGGGAUUUAGCUCAGUGGUAGAGUGUUUGCUUAGCAAGCGCAAGGCCCUGGGUUCAGUCCUCAGCUCUGAUAAAAAAAAAAAAUAGCCAGGCAGAGAUCUGCCUUCCUGCCUCUGUCUUCUGAGCGCUGGGAUUAAAGGCAUGCACCACCACUGCCCAGCUAUUUAUUUAUUUUAAAGAACACUAGCCAGGUAUGGUGCACAACUUUAAUCCCAACAUUCCUGAGGGAGAGGCAGGCAGAUCUCUGAGUUUGAGGCCAAUGUGGUCUACACAGUGAGUUCCAGAUCAGCCAGGGUCACAUAAGACUCUGUCUCAAAAAUAAAUAGGAACAUUGAGUGGGAGGAGUGAUGUAGUUUAACACUUAAUACUUUUUGUGGUGCUGGGGACUGCACUUUGGGCCUUACAUCCUGGGCAUGUGCUCCAACACCAACCCCACCCCAGUCCUACCCUGUUUGAGCAGCAAAGAACUAAAGAGAGAGAAUGCAGAAAUAUGAUGGAAAAGUCUGCGUCACCAGAGUGAGAACAGGUAUAGAGUGGCCAUUUGGCCCUCUAAAGUCUGCUAGACACAGAUGUCAUCCUAAGCAAUGGUGGCCACAUGGCAGGUGGCCUGAGACAAAGCAUGCCAUCGGGUGUAGGUAAGAGUGAGCUAAGGACCACCAAGGGUUUGAAAUAGUUGUAAGUUGUUACUUUGCUUUUCAGGCUUAGGAAUCCCAGAUGGCCUGAACUUCCCUGUAUGCCAGAGGAGGACCUUAGCCUAGUGGUCCUUCUCCUGAGAAUUGGGGUUAUAGACCUAAGAGACAUUUGGUUUAUGGGGUGCUGGGGAUGGAAGCCCAGGGCUUCACACAUGAUAGGUGCAAACUCUGAUGAGUUUCAUCCUGUCUUCUCCAUAUUCACCUCUGUAUUAUUUGUCUCUCUUCUUGUUUUUGAGACAAGGUCUCUCUUUGUAAACCUGGCUGCUCUGGAACUCACUAUGGAGACCACGCUGGCCCCCAAUUCACAGAGACCUUUCUGCCUCUGCCUCCAGAGUGCUGGGAUUACAGACUUGUGCCACCAAGCCUAGCUAACAAUUUUUGGCCUAGUUCUUUGUUUGUUUUUCAAGACAGGGUUUCUCUGUGUAGUUUUGGUACCUGUCCUGGAACUCACUCUGUAGACCAGGCUGGCCUCGAACUCACACAGAUCCACCUGCCUCUGCUUCCAGAAUGCCCGGAUUAAAGGCGUGCACCACCACUACCCGGCCUAGUUUUUCUUUUAUCUCUUCUUUUUUGUGAUGCUAGGGACAGGCACUCAGUCACCGCACUCAGUCACCGUGCCACACCCUCUGCCCUCUCACUCUCUAUACAGAUAUUCUACACACUAUUCUGAAAAUCAUCCUUUUUGUUAUUUUCAAAGACAGCAAAAAGCUGGGCAGUGGUGGCGCACGCCUUUAACCCCAGCACUUGGGAGGCAGAGGCAGGUGGAUCUCUGUGAGUUCAAGGCCAGUCUGGUCUACAGAGCAAGUUCCAGAAUGGCCAGGGUUAUGCAGAGAGAUCCUGUCUCAAAAAAGAAAAAAAGAGAGAUAACAAAAUACACAGAAAUUUCUUGUAACAAUGACACAGAGACCAUUUUUCAAUUAAUUAAUCUUUUAAUAUGUAGGCUGUCAAAAUGGCUCUGUGGGUAAAGGCAUUUGCUGCCAAGCCUGAUGAGCUGAGUUGGACACCCAGGACCCCCUUGUUGGAAGGAGAGAACGCCCUCAAGUUGUCCUCUGACCUCCAUGUGUAUGCCAUCACACACGUAUGUCGUCACACACGUGUAUACAAACACAUGCACAUAUACAUAAAUAGAUGUAAUUUAAAUUUAACAACACAUUAUGGACAAUUUUAUCUGCAUAAGCAAUUCUCUUUUAAAGCCCACACAAGAGAAGUUCUUGUGGAAACUCCAUCUUGGGGAGAAGGUGAAGUGUACCCUCCAAGGUAGUUGAAUUUACAGAACCCAAACAGAAAAGUGACUAACAAGUCACCUGGCCUCUUUUGCCGAAUGCUGACUGGUACAUUCACUUAUCCAAGGUAGGAGUAUGGUGUGGUGAUAUUUUGUGUAUGCUCUAACAAAUAAAGCUUGCCUGCAGAUCAGAAGGCAAAGCCAGACAUUAGUUAGCCAUAGAGACCAGGCAGUUGUGGCACACACCUUUAAUUCCAGCACUUGGGAUCUCAUGCCUUUGCUCCCAGUACUUGGGAGGCACACAUGCCUUUAAUCCCAGCACUAGGGAGGUUGAGACAGGUGGCGGGCCACAGAAAGGAACAUAAGGCAGGAGGAGACAGGAGCUCAGUCUUUUUCGGCUGAGGAGAUGGUGAGGUAAGAGGUGGCUGUGGCUUGUUGCUCCUUUGUCUCUCUGAUCUUUCAGCGUUUACCCCGAUAUGUGGCUCCAGGUUUUUAUUAAGACCAAUUAGGAUUCGUGCUACAGUAGUGUCCAGAUCAGGGAUGAGGAAGCCUGCCCCAUACCUGGUUAAGGCCUGGACUCCUUGGCACUGCCAGCCAAAGCUUUGCCUACAUGCCUGGCCUGGCCUCUCUGGUGAAUGGGGGAGGAGCUGCUACUCAGGCCUGAUGCUGAUCUCUCCUGACAGCUGCCCCUAAGGCUGGCAAGCAGGGGGGAAGGGACCAGAUUUAAAGAUCCAGCUGCCCCACCCCCUGCCAGACCUGGGCAAGCCAGCAGCGGAGAGCAUCCUCUGAACACACAGUGCCCAGGCAAAACAGGUCAGGGACUCCUAUGCCCUGGUUUCCACCUCUUGAUACCCUGGGAAAUCUAGUCUUCAUUUCUGCCCCCACUCCACAGGACAGGGAGACCAGUGCCCCCAACUAUGAGAUUUCGCCGCCUGACCCCUGGCUACUUCCGGGUGCUACAGGUAAGUACAUCUAAAUACUGGCUUUCUGUACCACCUCUCCCUCCCCCUCUCACGGCGGGGCUGAUACCCCCAACGGCCAGACUGUCACGUUCCCUGCUGCCUGACUAGCCAGGACCCAGAUGGGCAGUGAGGCGAGAGGGAUUGGGGUGGAAUCUCCCUGGGGCAGAAAUGGCGUCCAUAUCUUCUCCACCCAGCAGCACCAUCUUAUCCGCUUCCUACCCAGAAGUCUCCGUUGACCAUGUAUGUACACCCUUUGUGUUCUCCCAGAUGCAGGUGGCCGGGGAGCUGAAGGCAGAGCCCCGGAGUCCGCUGGUUGGGAUUGUGGCUACGACGCUGGCUGUCCUCGGGUUAGGUGGCUCCUGCUAUGCCGUGUGGAAGAUGGUGAGGCAGCGGCAGCUGUCCAAGGCGCCCUGAUGAGGCCGGUAGCCUCUCACCCAGGCUUGCAGGUAGGCGACUCAGGGGAAGGGUCUGCAAUUUCAGAAACCCAUGUUUUCCCCCCUGGGGAUCAGUAUCUCUGCCAUUGCCACUAACACAGAAUAAACCUGACCCUACUCCCCAGUUUUACACUGUACCUGGACUCCAGCCCAGAUUCAAAGAAGGCAGGC